AUGCAGAAGUCUGACACAGCUCAGAAAUCACGGCGGAAGGCGCGGCGUCAGAGUAUCGUUAGUACUGUGAGUUUGCCGCCCACUUUCACUAGUGAAGACGAACAAAAGAAGACCCCGCGCAGUCGCAAAACGCCGCAAAGUGCACGCAAGUCGCCUCGACCUAACGGCUAUGCUCGCAAAACUAGCGCACUGGAGAUGGUAGGAGGAGAAGACGAGGGUUUGUGCCAGCUUUGCUACGGCGAACAAGCUUUCGUCCACAUGAAUCCGUGCGACCACGCCGUUUGUGCGUCCUGUUGGUCGCGGUUGUCUCCAUCACCGGGGAAAAAUGGCUCAAGCUCGCGGCGAGUGUGUCCGUGGGAUCGUGAAGCAGUAACGAAACGGUAG